AUGAGAUGCAAAUUAUCUCUAAUAAAGAAUACUAACUCACUUGUACAUAGAUCGCGUUUCCUAAUUACAAAACCACAACUAUAUAUACCUCAUCGUCAUUAUAUCCCAUUCAAGAACAUAUUCAAGUCAUUGUUAAUGUCAGAUCAAUCUCCAUCUCCUAGUCCUAGCGAUUCCCUUAGCUACACUACAUUACAUGAAAAUUUGCCAUCUCAUUUCUUGGGUGGAAAUUCAGUUUUGAAUGCUGAACCUUCUAAAGUCAGAGACUUUGUCAGAGCUCAUCAAGGUCAUACAGUUAUUUCGAAAAUUUUAAUUGCCAACAAUGGUAUAGCUGCAGUUAAAGAAAUCAGAUCAGUUAGAAAAUGGGCUUAUGAAACAUUUGGUGACGAAAAAGCCAUACAGUUUACCGUUAUGGCCACUCCAGAAGAUUUGGAAGCUAAUGCCGAAUAUAUUAGAAUGGCCGACCAAUUCAUUGAAGUCCCUGGUGGCACCAAUAACAAUAACUAUGCUAAUGUUGAUCUCAUUGUAGAGAUAGCAGAAAGUACAAAUGCUCAUGCCGUUUGGGCUGGGUGGGGGCAUGCUUCAGAGAAUCCUUUGUUACCAGAAAAAUUAGCUGCAUCUCCCAAAAAAAUUAUUUUUAUUGGUCCUCCUGGUUCAGCUAUGAGAUCUUUAGGUGACAAGAUUUCAUCUACUAUAGUUGCUCAACAUGCUCAAGUACCAUGUAUUCCAUGGUCCGGUACUGGUGUUGAUGAAGUGAAAAUAGACCCACAAACUAAUUUGGUUUCUGUUGCUGAUGAUAUUUAUGCCAAAGGGUGCUGUACUAGUCCAGAAGAUGGUUUAGAAAAAGCCAAAAAAAUUGGGUUCCCAGUUAUGAUUAAAGCCUCUGAAGGUGGUGGUGGUAAAGGUAUUAGAAAAGUUGAUGAUGAGAAAAACUUCAUUACCUUAUACAACCAAGCAGCUAAUGAAAUACCAGGUUCUCCUAUCUUUAUUAUGAAGUUAGCAGGUGAUGCCAGACAUUUAGAAGUUCAAUUACUAGCAGAUCAAUACGGUACUAACAUUUCCCUUUUUGGAAGAGAUUGUUCCGUACAAAGAAGACACCAAAAGAUUAUUGAAGAAGCACCAGUCACCAUUGCCAGAAAGGAAACUUUCCACGAAAUGGAAAAUGCAGCAGUCAGAUUGGGUAAAUUAGUUGGUUAUGUAUCUGCUGGUACUGUUGAGUAUCUUUACUCCCACGCUGAAGAUAAAUUCUACUUUUUGGAAUUGAACCCAAGAUUGCAAGUUGAACAUCCAACCACUGAAAUGGUGACAGGUGUUAAUUUACCAGCUGCUCAAUUACAAAUUGCUAUGGGUAUACCAAUGCAUAGAAUCAGAGAUAUCAGAACUUUGUACGGUGCCGAUCCUCAUACCACUACUGAUAUUGAUUUUGAAUUCAAGUCAGAAACUUCAUUGGUUAGUCAAAGAAGACCAACACCAAAGGGACAUUGUACUGCUUGUCGUAUUACUUCUGAAGAUCCUGGUGAAGGUUUUAAACCAAGUGGUGGUUCUUUACAUGAAUUGAAUUUCCGUUCUUCUUCUAAUGUGUGGGGUUAUUUCUCAGUUGGUAACCAAUCUUCUAUCCAUUCAUUUUCGGAUUCUCAAUUUGGUCAUAUUUUCGCAUUUGGUGAAAACCGUCAAGCUUCAAGAAAACAUAUGGUUGUUGCCUUGAAAGAAUUGAGUAUUAGAGGUGAUUUUAGAACUACUGUUGAGUAUUUAAUCAAAUUGUUAGAAACUCCAGAUUUCGAGGAUAAUACCAUUACAACUGGUUGGUUGGAUGAAUUAAUCACCAAAAAGUUGACUGCUGAAAGACCAGAUCCAAUAGUUGCUGUUGUUUGUGGAGCUGUAACCAAAGUACACAUCCAGGCUGAGGAAGAGAAAAAGGAAUACAUCCAAUCUUUGGAAAAAGGUCAAGUUCCUCACAGAAACUUAUUGAAAACUAUUUUCCCAGUUGAGUUUAUUUAUGAAGGUGAAAGAUACAAGUUCACUGCUACUAAAUCUUCAGAAGAUAAAUAUACUUUGUUCCUUAAUGGUUCUCGUUGUGUUGUUGGUGCACGUUCAUUGUCCGAUGGUGGUUUAUUGUGUGCAUUAGAUGGGAAAUCACAUUCUGUCUAUUGGAAGGAAGAGGCAUCUGCCACUAGAUUAUCAGUUGAUGGCAAAACUUGUUUAUUAGAAGUUGAAAAUGAUCCAACACAAUUAAGAACUCCAUCUCCAGGUAAAUUGGUCAAGUAUUUGGUUGACAGUGGUGAACAUGUUGAUGCUGGUCAACCAUACGCUGAAGUCGAAGUUAUGAAAAUGUGUAUGCCUUUGAUUGCUCAAGAAAAUGGGGUAGUGCAGUUGAUUAAACAACCGGGUUCCACAGUUAAUGCUGGUGAUAUCUUGGCCAUUUUGGCAUUGGACGAUCCAUCUAAGGUCAAACAUGCUAAACCAUUUGAAGGUACUUUACCAUCUAUGGGUGAGCCAAAUGUUACAGGUACUAAACCAGCACAUAAAUUCAAUCAUUGUGCUGGUAUUUUGAAAAACAUUUUGGCUGGUUAUGAUAAUCAAGUGAUUUUGAAUUCUACUUUAAAGAGUCUUGGUGAAGUUUUGAAAGACAAUGAAUUGCCAUACUCUGAAUGGCAACAACAAAUUUCAGCUUUACACUCCAGAUUGCCACCUAAAUUGGAUGACGGAUUGACUGCAUUGGUUGAAAGAACUCAAAGUAGAGGUGCUGAAUUCCCUGCUCGUCAAAUUUUAAAACUCAUCACCAAAUCAAUUGCUGAAAAUGGUAAUGAUAUGUUAGAAGAUGUUGUUGCACCAUUGGUUUCUAUUGCCACAAGUUACCAGAAUGGUUUGGUUGAACACGAAUACGAUUACUUUGCAUCUUUGAUUAACGAAUAUUAUGACGUUGAAAGUUUGUUUUCAGGUGAAAAUGUUAGAGAAGAUAAUGUUAUCUUGAAAUUAAGAGAUGAAAACAAAUCUGAUUUGAAAAAAGUUAUUGGUAUUGGUUUGUCUCAUUCACGUGUUAGUGCCAAGAACAAUUUGAUUUUAGCUAUUUUGGACAUUUAUGAACCAUUGUUGCAAUCCAACUCGUCAGUUGCUGCCUCUAUCAGAGAAGCUUUAAAGAAACUUGUUCAAUUAGACUCUCGUGCUUGUGCCAAAGUUGCAUUAAAGGCAAGAGAAAUUUUAAUUCAAUGUUCUUUACCUUCCAUCAAGGAAAGAUCCGAUCAAUUGGAACAUAUUUUGAGGUCAUCUGUUGUUCAAACCUCUUAUGGUGAAAUUUUUGCUAAACAUAGAGAACCAAAUUUGGAAAUUAUUCGUGAGGUUGUUGAUUCCAAACAUAUUGUUUUUGAUGUGUUGGCACAAUUCUUAAUCAAUCCAGACCCAUGGGUUGCCAUUGCUGCCGCUGAAGUUUAUGUCAGACGUUCAUACCGUGCUUAUGAUUUGGGUAAAAUUGAAUAUCAUGUUAAUGACAGACUUCCUAUUGUUGAAUGGAAAUUCAAGUUGGCUAAUAUGGGAGCCGCUGGUGUAAACGAUGCUCAACAGGCUGCUGCUGCCGGUGGCGAUGAUUCGACAUCUAUGAAACAUGCAGCUUCUGUGUCUGAUUUGACCUUUGUUGUUGAUUCUAAAACCGAGCAUUCCACAAGAACUGGUGUUUUAGCUCCAGCAAGACACUUGGAUGAUGUUGAUGAAACUCUUACAGCUGCAUUGGAACAAUUCCAACCAGCCGAUGCUAUUUCAUUUAAAGCAAAGGGUGAAACUCCAGAGUUAUUAAAUGUUUUGAAUAUUGUCAUUACCAGUAUUGAUGGUUACUCCGAUGAAAAUGAAUACUUGAGCAGAAUUAAUGAAAUCUUGUGCGAAUACAAAGAAGAGUUGAUUUCUGCUGGUGUUCGUCGUGUUACAUUUGUUUUUGCUCAUCAAAUUGGUCAAUAUCCUAAAUAUUAUACUUUUACUGGUCCUGACUAUGAAGAAAACAAGGUUAUUAGACACAUUGAACCAGCUUUGGCUUUCCAAUUGGAAUUGGGAAGAUUAGCCAAUUUCGAUAUCAAACCAAUUUUCACUAACAACAGAAACAUCCAUGUAUAUGAUGCAAUUGGGAAGAAUGCUCCUUCUGAUAAAAGAUUUUUCACCAGAGGGAUUAUUAGAACCGGUGUUCUUAAAGAAGACAUUAGCAUUAGUGAAUAUUUGAUUGCUGAAUCCAACAGAUUAAUGAAUGAUAUUUUGGAUACUUUAGAAGUUAUUGACACUUCUAAUUCUGAUUUAAACCAUAUUUUCAUUAACUUUUCCAAUGCUUUCAAUGUUCAAGCUUCAGAUGUUGAGGCUGCCUUUGGAUCAUUCUUAGAAAGAUUUGGUAGAAGAUUAUGGAGAUUAAGAGUUACUGGUGCUGAAAUUAGAAUUGUCUGUACUGAUCCUCAAGGUACUUCGUUCCCAUUGCGUGCUAUCAUUAAUAAUGUUUCUGGUUAUGUUGUCAAAUCAGAAUUGUAUUUGGAAGUGAAAAAUCCUAAAGGUGAAUGGGUUUUCAAAUCCAUUGGUCAUCCUGGUUCCAUGCAUUUGAGACCUAUCUCAACUCCAUAUCCAGUUAAAGAAUCUUUACAACCAAAACGUUACAAGGCUCACAAUAUGGGUACCACUUAUGUGUAUGACUUCCCAGAAUUGUUUCGUCAAGCAACAAUUUCACAAUGGAAAAAAUAUGGCAAAAAAGUACCAAAAGAUGUUUUCGUGUCUUUAGAAUUGAUCACUGAUGAAACUGAUUCCUUAAUAGCUGUUGAAAGAGAUCCGGGUGCUAACAAAAUUGGAAUGGUUGGAUUCAAAGUCACUGCUAAAACUCCUGAAUACCCUCAUGGUCGUCAAUUAAUUAUUGUUGCCAAUGAUAUCACCCACAAGAUUGGUUCUUUUGGUCCAGAAGAAGAUAAUUAUUUCAACAAGUGUACUGAAUUGGCCAGAAAAUUAGGUAUUCCAAGAAUUUACCUUUCUGCAAAUUCAGGUGCUAGAAUUGGUGUUGCUGAGGAAUUGAUUCCAUUAUACCAAGUUGCCUGGAAUGAAGAAGGGUCUCCUGACAAAGGAUUCAGAUACUUGUACUUGAGUACUGCUGCUAAAGAGUCUUUAGAAAAAGAUGGUAAAAGUGACAGUGUUGUUACUGAACGUAUUGUUGAAAAAGGUGAAGAGCGUCAUGUCAUUAAAGCUAUUAUUGGUGCCGAAGAUGGCUUAGGGGUUGAAUGUCUUAAAGGAUCAGGUUUAAUUGCUGGUGCCACAUCAAGAGCUUACAAGGAUAUAUUUACCAUCACUUUGGUAACUUGUAGAUCUGUUGGUAUUGGUGCUUAUUUGGUUAGAUUGGGUCAAAGAGCCAUUCAAAUCGAUGGUCAACCUAUUAUUUUAACUGGUGCUCCUGCUAUCAAUAAAUUGUUGGGUAGAGAAGUGUAUUCUUCCAAUCUUCAAUUGGGUGGUACUCAAAUCAUGUACAAUAAUGGUGUUUCUCAUUUGACAGCUAAUGAUGAUUUGGCUGGGGUUGAAAAAAUUAUGGAAUGGUUAUCAUAUGUUCCAGCUAAACGUGGUUUACCAGUGCCAAUUUUGGAAUCAGAAGAUUCUUGGGACAGAGAUGUUGAUUACUACCCACCAAAACAAGAAGCUUUUGAUGUUAGAUGGAUGAUCCAAGGUAGAGAAGUUGAUGGUGAAUAUGAAUCUGGGUUAUUUGAUAAAGAUUCAUUCCAAGAAACAUUAUCUGGUUGGGCUAAAGGUGUUGUUGUUGGUAGAGCACGUUUGGGUGGUAUUCCAAUUGGUGUUAUUGGUGUCGAAACCAGAACAGUGGAAAACUUGAUUCCUGCUGAUCCAGCAAAUCCAGACUCUACAGAAAGUUUGAUUCAAGAAGCAGGUCAAGUGUGGUAUCCUAACUCUGCUUUUAAGACAGCACAAGCUAUAAAUGAUUUCAACAAUGGUGAACAAUUGCCAUUAAUGAUUUUAGCAAAUUGGAGAGGUUUCUCUGGUGGUCAAAGAGAUAUGUACAAUGAAGUCUUGAAAUAUGGUUCAUUUAUUGUUGAUGCUUUAGUUGACUUCAAGCAACCUAUCUUCACUUACAUUCCACCAAAUGGAGAAUUGAGAGGUGGCUCUUGGGUUGUUGUUGAUCCAACCAUCAACUCAGAUAUGAUGGAAAUGUAUGCCGAUGUCGAUUCGAGAGCUGGUGUUUUGGAACCAGAAGGUAUGGUUGGUAUCAAAUACAGACGUGAUAAAUUAUUAGCAACUAUGGAAAGAUUAGAUCCAACUUAUGGUGAAAUGAAAGCUAAGUUAAAUGACUCGUCAUUAUCUCCAGAAGAACACUCGAAAAUAAGCGCCAAAUUGUUUGCACGUGAAAAGGCUUUAUUACCAAUUUAUGCUCAAAUUUCCGUUCAAUUUGCUGACUUGCACGAUAGAUCAGGUCGUAUGUUGGCCAAGGGAGUUAUUAGAAAGGAAAUCAAAUGGACUGAUGCUAGACGUUUCUUCUUCUGGAGAUUGAGAAGAAGAUUGAACGAGGAAUAUGUUUUGAGAUUGAUUAGUGAACAAAUUAAAGAUUCUAGCAAAUUGGAAAGAGUUGCCAGAUUGAAGAGUUGGAUGCCAACUGUUGAAUACGAUGAUGACCAAGCUGUCAGUAACUGGAUUGAAGAGAACCAUGCCAAAUUGCAAAAGAGAGUUAAUGAAUUGAAACAAGAAGUUUCAAGAACCAAGAUUAUGAGAUUAUUAAAAGAGGAUCCAAAUAGUGCAAUUUCUGCAAUGAAAGACUAUGUUGAAAGAUUGUCAAAAGAAGAUAAAGAGAAAUUCCUCAAGGCAUUGAAGUAG